AUGCCUCUCGGGAUCAACAAUCCGCUGCCCUCGUCUAUGAACAGCGAGUGCAAGAAGGCUGCAAAGAUCUUGACCUCAUUCGUUGAUCCCAGGCAAGCCUUCGGUCCCGACAAAGUCAUUCCGCCAGAGAUUCUGGCCGGUGCAAAGGGUCUUGCGGUCCUCACAGUUCUGAAAGCCGGAUUCCUCGGCUCAGGUCGAUUUGGAUCCGGUAUUGUUGUCGCUCGUCUUGGCGAUGGUUCUUGGUCGGCCCCGUCGGCUAUCGCGACUGCAGGUGCCGGAAUUGGAGGUCAGAUUGGGUUCGAAUUGACCGACUUUGUGUUCAUCUUGAAUGAUGCCGCUGCCGUCCGCACAUUCUCCCAGGUCGGUACGCUAACGCUGGGUGGUAACGUCUCCCUCGCCGCAGGACCGGUCGGUCGAAAUGCCGAGGCUGCUGGAGCUGCCAGCACAAAGGGCGUCGCGGCUGUGUUCUCUUACUCGAAAACCAAGGGUCUCUUCGCCGGUGUCAGUCUGGAGGGUAGUAUGCUCGUGGAGCGCAAGGAUGCCAACGAGAAGCUGUAUCGCAGUCGCGUCUCUGCGAACCAGCUUCUUACUGGUAGCGUUCGCCCACCGCCGGCCGCCGAUGCCCUUAUGCGCGUGCUGAACUCCCGUGCCUUCCAAGGAAACGCUAGAGCAUAUGGUGAUUCUAUGUACAAUGACAUGCCCGUAUAUGACGAGAGCCACGAUGAUGUCGUCUGGGAGGGACGAAGGGGCGAGGCAUAUGGCCAGGGUAGCCGGCGGGGCCGAUCCAACACCACUGGCGACGACUACGACUACCGUGACCAGCCGCGCCGUGCGAACACCUGGGCAGAUGAUGUUUACGAUCGGCCUGCCGGGGGUCUUGGCCGUUCCGCGACAGGCCGGGAACCUCCCAGCGACUCAUACGACGGCUAUGGGCGCAACCGGAGCAAUACCGCGCCAUUUGAGGAGGACUAUGUUUAUUCAGAUCGCCGACCUACGCGUCCUACCGCCCCUAAGCCGGUCUUCGGGCAAAAGACGAGUGCGGCUCAGCUGCGACAGGACCAGGCUGUUGCUCUCUUUACAUUCGAUGCGGAUCAAGAGGGUGACCUUGGUUUCAAGAAGGGCGAGAUCAUUACAAUUCUGAAGCGGACGGAAAAGGCAGAAGACUGGUGGACUGGUCGCAUCGGUGACCGCGUGGGCAUCUUCCCCAGCAACUAUGUUGAUGCCUCAUGCCUCAAAUGCCCUCAAUAUAUCCAGGCGGAAGUGGAUCCGCCAACUUUUUCUCUACGUCAAAUCGUUACCAGUUACAUCCUUCAGCGCGGAGUUUUCGUUCUCAUUGCCUCCACGAGUGCCCAUGAGGCUGGCGGAGGACACGCGACGCGGCGAGGUCAUGCCCCCCAUCUCUCGAUUAGCGACCCGAGUCACCAUGUGACAGAAGCGAUCGGGCAUAUGUAUGAUGAUCACUACGACCCCAACGAUCCAAGACGCCUCAGCUAUAUAUCCUCCCCGCUGGGCGAGUCAAUAACAACCAUCCCGCGGGCCGCCGCAGGAUCCGAGUCCAACCCCUCCCCGUCCUCCCCCCUGCAUAAUUCUUUCUCGGAAGGGCAAACGAAACCGCCAAAUGGACAUACACGGCCGUCGCUCGUUGCAAACCGAGCUUACGACCGGGAGACCGAUUCUGUAGUUCCCGAGGGGACUCGGUCUCCCUCAGAAACCGCUACCUCUUCUUUUCCUCUGAACGACAUCGACUAUGAAUCCGACCCCGCUGCCGUGGCUCAGGAACUGAACAACCUCGCUGCUAUUCGGCGCAUGUCCAUGGAUGUGGCGGCCGCUGGUGACCCUGACCUCCCGGGCUUCGCACUGCCUCCCUCCCCCUCAGCCGACGAAGAUGACGCCUCGAGAUUAUUUUGGGUGCCUGCGCGACUACACCCCGAACUCGCCCCGAAGGAAUUCAAGUCUUUUCUCGAUAGCAAGGCUGAUCACAUUAAGCGCAGGUCUGGCGAUUACUCCGGUGGCACUGAGCGUCAAGGGUCGGGGGCUGGACUUCACCGCAAGCGUUCUAUGCUAUCAAGGCAAAUCGACAAUUCUUCAGGAUACACGGAUGGCGCAGAUCGGCUAGAGCAUCAGCGCUCACAAUCGAAUAAGCGGGAUGGCAUGUUGAGUCCAAACUUGCAGCAGCUUGAAACCUUGGUGGACGAUUCGAAACCAGCGGACAAAGAAUCGACACUCUUGCGCGGCAUGCAGGAUUUGAGCAUCGAAGAUAGGCCGAUCUUACCACCGGCACCUCUAGGCAAUAGUUUGCGCCGGUCGACGAGGACACAAUAUAAAAAGGCGGGGAGUUUGAAAAAGGGCGAGAAGUUACCAUAUUCCAAGCGAGUCGGACGAGGGGCUUCUGAAUCUGCAGGGAGUGAUGCAGAAAUACUUCCGAUUUCCGGCAAGACUCGCAUGUCGCCUGAUCCUAUGCCCAACACGAACCGAACAACUCGAUCCCAGUCUACUUCGUCCCAUGGUACAGCGUACACUUCAGGCGCAGGUUCCGGCUCAACAUUCGACCCGAUCGUCGAUCAGCCUGGAGCCGAGAGGGGAGACUCGUACGCAGGUGGACAUUCGGAUUUUGCCUCUGAUCGACCUGACGGAUCACGGCAAUGGCAUUCUCGUAUCAGCUCGAAUGGACGAUCUACCUUGGUUACACCUCCGGGCGAUCAACAGAUCCCUGCGAUUGUUGAAACCCCGCCUGCCCCAGAGACCAACCGCAUUCCCAGUCCUCCUUCGCAACGUUCAGCGGAUCGGACUCCAACAUCAACGCCGCCACCAAAAACGUCGCUGCAUGACGCGGCACCAAGCAAACGCUCCAAGAACUCCCGCCAAUCCCCUGAAAGCACGUCUUCACUCAAUGAUUUCGCCAAUAACCCUCAGAUGAUACCCGGCAACAGUACUCGCACUGAUAGUCUCUCAUUCAUCCCUACAAUUCCCGAAGAACGCAAACAUGACGAACGCAAAUCUGAAGGGAAAAAGUCAAAGGACAAGAAGGAUUCCGAUGGAAGUCGCAAGUCAAGUUGGCACUGGUUGCUGGGCAGCGAAGAGAAGGACAAAGACAAGAAGAAGCACAAGGAGAGCGAGUCGAAAAGCACUAAAUCAAAAGUCGACAAAGCCCAUGAUAACACACGCCUGGAUGUACUCCAAUCGUCCAUCGACAACACUCCGCGUGCCCGUGAAAGUCUCGUAUUGGACCGCCUGGAUCCGAAGCUGGAAGAAGAACGGCGCAAGGACGGUGUCAGAAGGGCAUCGGGCGAUUCAAAGAAAGAAAAGGAUGGCAUUUUCUCUUCUAUAUUUGGUGGUGGACGAAAGAAGCAUGGUGGAGAAGGCCAUCAUCGCAAACAUUCAUCUCGAAACCUGUCCCCGGAUCCUCCGAUGCAGGUUAUGCGUCCCGACCUCGACUACCCUUGGACUCGGUUCUCCAUCCUGGAAGAGCGAGCAAUCUACCGCAUGGCACAUAUCAAACUUGCAAACCCCCGGCGAGCGCUCUACUCUCAAGUACUGCUGAGCAACUUCAUGUACUCAUACCUGGCCAAAGUGCAACAGAUGCACCCACAGACCGGGCAUUCUUCAUCGGGAUCCCAGAGGUCAUCCAAAUCUAGGGACCAGCCAGAUGAGUACACGCAAUAUCAGCGAUACCAAGAGUCCCAGGAGCAGCAACACUACGCAGAAAGUGCUUACGACGAUUCUUCAAUGUACGACUAUGACGACGAUCCGCACGAUCGCUAUGGCGCCCAUUCGAGAGGCAGCAAGCAAGGCUACGAAAAUGGCAGCGCUUACGGCCCGGGGUACCAGUACGGACACUCGUCCUUUGGCGACGACGUCCAACUCGAUGACGAUGAUGACGAUGAUAUGUGGUGA